CAAAGGAUGAAACUUUACACUUUGUAAUAUAAAUUUAUAGUGGAGCAGCAAUGCCACAACAGUAUAUAUUAAUUAACCGACCCGUUAUUGGGACUAAGCGUAAGAUCAAUGAUAUAUCUCAGGGAGGGCCCCCGAAUCCUAUUCGAUCUGAAGGCUCAAUGAGCCCAUAUAUUUCCGGACUAGUUACUAAAGGUUUAAUGUGCACAAAACAUGGAGACUCAAUACAUUCGUGUCACAAGCUUGAAGCGGCAGUGUCGUUAAUGGAAUACCAAAAAACUGUACAUGAUAAUCUCAUAUCGAUCAACAACAAUAUAAGUGACAUGCUCAAAGAAACUAGUUCAGGAAUCGACGUUAUUUGCCAAAAGGUCAGAAUGUGUCUACUGGAUGCUAAUAGUGUCAGUACCAUAAAAAGGCACAGUAGUAAACAACUGAUGCGUAUUUGUGAAGAAAACCUUGAUAAAGUGGAGGAUAUUGAGGAAGAAACGAUUGCGGAAAUAGUUGAAGAAGGAAAUUGUGAUGAAGACGACGAAAUCGGGACUACGGGAACACAAACAAGGAACUCAGCAGUCAAAGGACUAUGGUCUAUAACUUCCAAGCUGGGAUUGUCCCAAAAGUGCACUGCAGAAAAUUUCCAAAAAAGCAUGCAAGAAGUGGCAAAGUUGAAUAAUUAUGAGGAUUUUUUAUCUUCCAUGGUAAACGAUGUCGAUGAGGGGAUAAAUCGGGAUUACAUGAAAUAUAAAAAAAAACAUAAAUCUAAAGUGAAUGGAAAUACAUCAGAUAAAAUACUUAAUUAUUCAUCAUCAAAAAGUCGUAAUAGCAGGAGUAUGUAUCAAAUGGGGACCAUUAAAAAGAAAGACAAAAUUAAUACGCUUCAGAAUAAUGAAUUAACUGGAAUGGAAGAAGAUUUCAACGAAAAUCAAGAUACAAGGACCAGACGUCAAACGGCGCCUAGUACCAUUAAUGAGAAAAUACAGAAAUUACAAAAUGCAUUGAAAAUUCAUGCUGCCAAAAAAAAAGUUGAUAUCAGUCUGGCAGACAUAACAUUUCCAUGUGGGGAAGUUUAUCGUAAAAGAGCAUUCACGGAUUUGAAUAAGAGAAUGAUUAUGCAAAUUCAGGCCAAUGACAGUUUAAUAUGUUUCCAAAAAUUGAUGGACAAAAAUAAUAAAUUUAUGCAAAAAAUGAAAAAUGGGAAACCAUCAUCAGAGAUGUCUUUUAUAAGAAGUCCCUUACAGCAAAUAUUGAAGAACGAACAGUUUCAACGCCAAAAUCAAAGAAACACGAAUUUAGCCAAAAUGUAUCAAGACAGCUUGUGGUUCAAAAACAAAAUUCGAGAAGAAAAACGGUCCAAAAAAGAAAGUAGAUCCAAGAAAAAAGUUGAAAUCAAAUCUUCGAAAAAUGAAAAAUAUUUACAUAAAACUGUACAAAGCGUGUCAAAUGUACAAGCUAAAUCGCAUUCAGGGAUGAGAAACUCCUCAAAACAUUCAACCAGCAGCGUUGCAAGUGUGAAUACUAGCAGCGCAGCAAAAAUCCCUAAAUCGCAUUCAAAGAUGAGAAACUCCGCAAAGCGUUCAACCAGCAGCGUUGCAAGUGUGAAUAGCAGCGUAGCAAAAAUUCCAACUAAAUACCAAGUAUCUAUAACAAACAACCAACCACUAUCAGAGCCUGAAAGAUGCAAAAUGCAUUGGAUGAGAUCAAAAUAUGCACAAAUGAGUAAAAAGCGGCUUCAAUAUAUGGACAUAUUGGAAGACAUAACUGAUAAGGAUAUUUUGCCAUUAAAAUCAGAGUAUCCUAGAAGAGACGAAGCUGUUAGUAGGGAAAAACCAAAGGAAAAGAUUGAAAGUGUUAAAAAUUCCUACCUUUAUAAGUUGCUUCAUGCUACAGAGAACGAAAAAGUUUGGACCGACUUAUUAAAACCAAAUACGAAUGAAAAUUGUAGUAAAACUGAAUUUCUUGAAAGGGCAACAAAUACGAGCCGUGGUAAAGACAAACUUAGAAGAUCACUAUCAAAGUACAUUUUUGCUGAUAUUGACCAGAUACGAAGGAAUCAAGUAUAUACAGUGAUGCCAGUCCAAAUUUACUACGAUAACUCAAGAAUAGCCGCCGGCCCAGCAAGAAAAUCACAACUCGUGCCUCAAAAGUUACCACCUUUGCCCAUGAAAGAAAUGAAAGGUGAUAUUAGACUAGCUGAAUGGUGUCUGGAGAAUAAGAAACCGAAACCCAUGAAAAUUGUUUAUGAUCCAAUUUUGAGAAAAAUAGAAAACGACAUAAAAAUUGUAAGUGCCAGACAACAAGAAAGCAAACGGAUGACGCAAAAAUUGUCAAGUACAGCUUCUUGGUCACCAAAAUAUUUUAACCAACUUUUCACUACUUCGUCUCAUCAGUCUUCCGGAUUCAAAACAAAGAAAGUAGAUUCCUUGGAUAAGGCGCUAAAAAAACCCCAACCAAAAAUAGUACCAAAUCAAAUUUGCAAGGCUGCAAAAAAUAUGGAACGACGUUCUAGGAAACGAAAUGUAGCGUCCACAGAACAGUCUUCAGUAAAAUUGGACGUAGAGAAAAAGAUUCAGAAGGAAGUAGAAAUACAGUCUUUAAAACUUAGAAACGUCCAAGAACGAAAAAUUUGGGAAAACAAAUAUGGCAAAUCGGUUGGGCAAAAAUUGUUGAAUUUUGUAGAGAAACAGCCUGCUGCCUAUGAAAUACCGGUACCCAAAUAUGCUCUACCAAAAACUAUCAAAGACCCCAUUAGACAACGCGAAAUGUUAGAAAAAUUGCAGGAGCUCAAACAAAAAAACGAUAGCAUUCAAAACAAUAUUGUAAAAGCUAUACAAGUAAUUGAGAAUAAAAUGAUAGAUGUUUUAUGCAAGCCUGCUGAAAGUAUUGACGCCUUUGAAAAAAUGGAAAAGGAAAUAACUCAAGUUUUGAGUUUGAUGAAAACAUGUAAAGAAGGUUCACAACAAGAAGCUUUACCUCAAAUAGGAGAGCCAUACAGCGAUGUGACUCAACUAUCUGAAGACCUAUUCAAACGACUGGAUAAGAUUCUUGAAGAAUCAGGAAAUGCAGAAAAAAGUAGUAAUCGAAAAUCCAAAAGAAAAAUGAAAGCUAUCGGGUCACAGAAAAGCAGUGGCAGUGAUAUGCAAAGCGUUUGCUUCGGUUCAUUGUCGCCUUCGGGCAUAGAAAAAUUUAAGGUCACCGCAAUUUCGCCAAAACGUUCGAACCAAUCCUCCAUAAUACCUCGUCCAAAAAUAAUAAUGCCUACUGUGACAACAGAUGAGGAAUUUGAAACGAUACAAUCUAAGCUUCGUGAAUUAAAAAACGACCUGGGACUUCAAGGAAUGUUGGAUAUUGAAGAAAGCAAACCAGAAAAACAAUUUGAACAGAAAACCAUGCCAAUAACUGAAACUGUUAUUAAUAUAGCGUUCGUGGAACAUAAACAUGCUGGAGAUAAUAUGAAAGAAUACUCCGAAGCAGAAUCACCAUUACCUUCUAUAGAUGAUGGGCGGUCAGAAAAAUGUAUGAGUGAGAAUUUCAAGGAAUCUACAGAAAGUUUACCGGCAAAUGAUCCAGAUGAAAAAUAUUCAUCGCCAUGUGUCAGUGCAUCGAUCCAAGAAGUAGGUUGUGGCAAUCAACAAUCCUUGAAUAAUGAUAUGCAGCAAUUGGACUCUCAGGAAGUAGCUGAAGAUGAAAAAAAUCCAAUGGAGGCUUUUGUGGAUCAAUCAGAACAAUAUUAUACACCAAUAACAUCACCGCUGGGUGGCAUUCGAGAUACAGAGGCAAUCCAACAGAUUGAACCACAUAAUAUCGAUUCGGAACUUCCAGAACCCAUGGAGGAGUUCAAUGGACUUGCAUCAAGUGCUGACAGGGACUGUUUUUAUGAUAAUGUUAACAAAGUAAUUGCCAGAGUCGAGAGUGUCUAUAAUCAACUGGCGCAGUUUGAAGAGGUUAGUUUAGACGGGCUCCAAAAUCCAGAACAAAAAGUACCAAACAUCCCAGUUUUCCAUGACCCACCGAAAAUUGAAGAUUUUGAAGCUGAUUCCUUCUUGACCCCUUUCAUGCACGCUGUGAAGGACCUAAGAAAAUCCGUUACAGAAAGUCCAAAAUCUACACCAAGCAGCCCUAGAUUGUAUAGAAGUCCUUCCUAUUUUAACGUGCUAAGUUUUUUAGAAACCUUAAGUGAUUUGGAUGAACGGGUUGUUGAAAUCCGAGCGGCUAGAGUUCACCAUUAUGCCUAUUCAUGCCGCAACUCUACAGUCUUCAGGCAAGCAAUUAUUCAAAAUCAGUGCGUAAAAAGCACAUCAACCAUCCAAAAUGAGGGGAAAAAAAUGCCAAAGAAAAUUUCUUGCCUGAAAUCACCAUCAAGUAUUAAAGCAGUGUCAACUGAUCAAAGUAAGGGUGUAGAAACAAAAGUGGUAAAGAAAAUUUCAAGUUGCUUAAAAAAACCACCGAGUCCUCCGAGUGAAACCAUAACAGCAUCAAAGAGCAAGCAAAAAGUAAGUUUUUCGUUACAAAAGGAGGAAAAGGCCACUCAAGCUGUGGAAUGUCUUGUACCGAAAUUAUCUAGUCAAGAGUCUUUUUCUUCAUUAAUUAUUAUCAACAAUAAAAAAGAUGAACAAGUCAGUGCCGCUUUAGACGCGUUGGAAUGUAAAAGUGUUGACAAGAUGUCUUUGUCGUACGAUGAUGAUUCAUUCAAAAGCAAUUUUGAGUUCAAUGAUGAAAUUUCACCAAAGCCUGGUCCAAUUUUACAAAAUUCCUUAGAAACAGCAGAAAAUGACACUUCAAAGGAGAAAUGUAAAGACAACAUUCACAAUGAUUAUAAGCAAACAGACAAAGCGGAAGAAAAUUUUGAUUACCAAACUCAAAUAAUCAAUGGCAAAUUCAAUGAAACCUCUAUUCUACAAGCCAAAAAAUACCUUGCAAGAAAUGCCUACUUCAUUAAGCAGGAUGGUAUAGACAAAAUAUUCGAAAACAUCCGCCUAGAAAGUAUACUUAAGCAAAUGCUAAAGGAUUCAAGUUUAGUGGAGCCAUUAAAAGACUCUAUUGACACUAAAUUGUCAGAGGACACCAUUGAGAAAACGCAAAAAAUUCGUAUAAUGCAUCAGAAAAGUGAAAUAUUGACAGAUAAUAAAAAUGAAAAAUGUUGGGAAAGAGAAACUUUCCUAAAAGGGGUCUAUAUAUGUGUCUAUUUGUUCAUGUUUACAGCUUUAAAACUAAAUUUAAAUUUGGAGUGUUCUGUGGAUUAAAUAAACAAAUAAUAGCAAACAUAACUUUGUUCAAUAUUAAAGGGAUCAGUGUCACAGAAAACAUGUAAAAGCAAUAGCCGG